UAUCUAUAUAUAUAUAUAAGCUUUAAGUGAUCAUAUAUAUAUAUAUAUAUAUAUAUAUACACUACACAUUAUUAUAUAUACAGAAACAAUAAUAAUAAUAUAAAGGUUAAACAUAUUGAUGAGGAAGCCAGCUGAAUGUUCAACCGCCGCCGCCAACAUCCGUCUGAGGAAAGGCCUUUGGUCGCCGGAGGAGGAUGAGAAGCUAAUGAGAUACAUGCUGUCCAAUGGGCAAGGUUGCUGGACCGACAUUGCUCGAAACGCCGGACUCCUCCGCUGCGGGAAGAGCUGCCGUCUCCGAUGGAUUAACUAUCUCCGCCCUGACCUUAAACGUGGAGCUUUCUCUCCCCAAGAAGAGCAACUCAUUCUCCAUUUCCAUUCUCUUCUUGGCAAUAGAUGGUCUCAAAUAGCAGCACGUCUACCUGGACGGACAGAUAACGAAAUAAAGAAUUUUUGGAAUUCAACGUUGAAGAAGAGAAUGAAGAAUAAUCGUAAUUACAAUAUUACCCCAUCUCCCAACCUAAGCCACUCAUCCGAAUUACCUAGAAGUAGCAGCAACAGCUUUGGAGAACAAUCAAGUUCAUCCAAACCAUUAUUAUUCUCUACAUUUUCGGAUGACAACUACCAAUUAUUCAACACGUUUGGUGGUGGUGGUAGUGGUGGUGGUGAUGGUAUAACGGAAGAAGGGUAUUUUGGGGAUUACACUACAACAACAAUAGUAGAGCCUAAGGACUUUGUGAGGGACUUUUAUGACUUUUCACACCUUCAUCAGCUUGAAAAUAAAGACAUUAUUAUUGAAGAGAUUAAUAAGGUACCAUCCAUGAAUAAUAAUCCACAACAAAACAACUAUGAAUUAUUCAAUAACAUUGAUCAAAUGAGUUUUGAAGUGGAGGAUAUUUUUGGAAAUAAUAAUAAUUGUCAAAAUAACCAACUUCAAGAUCAUUUUAAAAUAGGAGCUAAUUGGGAUUUUGACCCUUUUAUCCUUGAUUUCCAAAUUGAUUAAUUAACUUUGAAAAUAAAAUUAAAACUUUUUUAUUUUUAUUUUUCACUACUAUUGCUUAUUUUUUUAUCCAUUUAAUAAAAAAAAUGUAAUUGAUAUUUUCUAUCUUUUCAAGAAAAAUGUUUCAAAAAUAAAUUUUUCAAAAUUACUUCAAAUAUUUUCUCUUCUUAAAGCAACUGUACUUUCAUUUUAUUAUAAAAAUUCACUUUUGUAAAAGUAAAACAAAUAAUUUGAUCGUUUUGUCCGUUUCUUCCUCCAAAACGACGUCGUCUUGAAGAUCAUCGUCAAAAAAUUGGUAAUUUUCUCCAAAGAGAAAAUGUGAGAAAUAGUGAAGGGUUAUUUUGUACUAUAAACUCAUUGUAAAAUUAACAUAUAUAUAUAUACACAUCUUGUGAAAAAAUUUAGAAGAGAUAGCUAGAAUUAAGAUUAGAGUUGUAAUCUUUUUUCCAAGAAAUUUUAUCAUGGUUCAUUUCAUUAGAAUAUUUUUCAUUUAGCAAGUCUAUAAUAAUCUUUUUAAUAAAAUUUUUUGAGUUGUCUGUUAUUAAAA